AUGCCCCCUAAAAGAAAUGCUACUGUCGUUGAAGAUAUAAAUAAUGAACCUAUAUGGUUCAAAAAAUUCAAAGAAGAGCACUUCGCCAGAAUGAAAGAGGCAAUGGAAGAAAUCAAACGUGAAAACCAACAAGACUACAAAGAGUUACAUGCAAUGAUACGUACAUUGACAGAAAUGAUACCACGUCCAGCAGUAGGAAUCAACAGCCAUGUAGCAAACGGUGGUCAAGACUUGAUACCACCCCUAAAAAAUAGUUCUGAGAAAGAGAAGAAGUCCCAUAUCAGGGAUAUUAUUAUGAACAAUGUGGUAGAAAUCGAUGAGGAUAGAGCCAAUGAACUGUUGGAUAUUUUGAAGAAAAACUAUUUGAAAGCAUGCCAAUCUUUUGCUUUGAAAGAUGACUCCAAUGGCAAGACCAAUGGUGAGAAGGAAUGGAAGGACCUGGAUGGAGAAGACCAUGUGCAUCUAGUAAUGUCAACCCUGCAAAAAUCGGUGAAAGAAGCUAGGGAAUUGGAAGUUCUUAACCUUUCUUGUGGUCUUUGGGUUGUGAAGUUUCUGGUUCAGCCCAAGUGGUCAAAUAUGUUGCGCAAUAGAAGAAGAAAUAAACAUGGAUUUAUGGUUUUUUAUGUUUCUAUGGUGACAACAAUUCUAUGUUGUUUUAUGUCUUUUUCAAUGGUCGUCAUGGCUCUUCCCAUUACUCCACCGGAUCCACUUGGGGACCCCCCCUCAACUUUCGGCUCACCCUCACCUCACUCCACCACCCCAUCCAGCCCCACCACCUCACAACGCACGUACUCGGUCGCUGCUACUCUCGCACCUACUGCUCUUCUUCCUCACCAACCUCAUAUCAUAUAUGGCGAUUCCAUUGAUGGGUUACCACGCAUCUGGCGUGCUGGUACCGCACCCCACACUGUUUUUUAUAACGCUCCUCUUCCCACUUCUCCUCUCCACAAUGCCUUCUGGCAUGCCCUGAAAAGCUCUGCUUUUGCAGACUCUAUCGUAAAAGUUACUCUUCCCAGUCGUUCUGCUCCUACUGCUCUCAAGGUCCAAUUCCUCGAUGCUGCUUCCUGUGCUAUUGCGUGCGCGCAUCCUAUUUUUGUUUCUGAUCAACACUUCCCAGCCUGUAUUGCCGUUGCUCCUGGUCGCAAGGUAUAUCGGGUAACAUUGUCUCGACUCCCUGGUGUUCGUUAUCCUGAUUUAGUAACUGGACUUCAACGGUGCCUUGCCCCUUUCGGAAUUGUACGCGAAAUUGUGGUCCGCGAGAGUUAUACCUUUUUCGAUGGCACUGGCAGUGUCCUCCUUGAACGACCCGACCCACCAGCUCAGCAAGUCGCCAAGCUUGCCUAUGAGAUUUCUUACAACAACAACACUACCAUCCUUGGAGAAUGGGCACAUAUGGGCUCCCAUUGCAAAUACUGCAAACAAAUGGGCCACGACAUCAAUGCCUGCCCUGCACGCUCUUCAGAAACACGCACCUGUCACAGCUGCAACAAGCCUGGCCAUUUGCAAGCUAACUGUCCCCACGUCUCCGAACCUGGUCGUAGGUCAGCAACCACUAACAAACGCUCUCGCCACCUCAACCGUGUUCCUCACCAGGAUCGCAUUGUGCUGCCCCGCCCCCUGACAACUAAUCUCCCCACUGGUACAUCUGUGGAUUCCAUCCACAAUCCGGCUAACAAAGCUUCAUCUUCUCUUCUGCCGAUUGAACCACAACGCAAAGCCAAGGUAGUCAACCAUGCUGAAGAGGAAACACCAUCUGACAACACUGCCUAUAUUGUAGAUCCUGAAGACGACACAAUGCUUGACGCCCUUCCAGAACAGGUAAAUUCUGACAAAGCCCAAUUGCAACAGGAGCCUGAGAAGGCCGCCGAUGAGCAGGCUCUCCUGGAGGCUAUUCAGGCUACUGAAACUGAAAGAGUACGUCGUCUUACCCGACAUACGCCCAACCGCAACACGAGACGCAGUCUUUCCACGUCCCCCACACGCAGGAACACUGCCUCUCGUAACUCUUCGCUCUCUCCUCCACCCCGAGGCCUCCCCAAGGUGGGACGACCCGAAACACGCUCAUUAUUUAUACGCCACUUACGUUCGAAGGGAAUUGAUCUCCUCGCCCUUCAAGAAACCCAUGCCCACUCUAUUGCUCUUCAAGACACAUUUACUAUGCAGUUCCAAUCUUCUUCUUCUCUUUGGUCUCCUCAUUGUGGACUUGUGUGCCUUUCAAAAGAUAUUAUGCUUACUGAUCCAUUGUUUAGUAUAUGCGGCCGCUGCAUCACUGCUACGGUAUCUCACACACAGUUUAUGUUCAACUCUUUCCGUAUCUGUGUCAUUUAUGCUCCCGCUACUUAUCGCAAACGACAUUCGUUCCUCACCUCUCUUCUUCACAAUCCUCUCUUGAUACCCGCGUCACCCACUAAUAUGAUUCUAUUGGGCGACCUCAAUCACUCACUCACUACUACCACCGCCCAUAGCACUCCACCUCGCCCAUGGCUUCACUUUCUCACCGACCGCCUUGUGGACUGUGUGACUCCCACCGGCAAGGUACCUCAACCUACCUUUCACCGUGGGACAUCAUCCUCCACAAUUGACUACAUAUUCGCCUCCUCCGACCUUGCUUCUUGUGCCACCUCACACUCGGUGGAAUAUAUACACUCACAGUGGUCUGACCAUUGUCUGGUCACAGUCGUACUCUCCCUUCCUUCUUCUCGGACCAGUGGUAAAGGCCUUUGGCGGGCGAACCCUCGCCUUGCUCAGCUCACUUCCUUCCAGGACGAACUUUCUGUCUUUCUUUACACCUUCGUUCCCACUCUCCCCGCCUCCAAUUCCCCACAGACAAACUGGGAUUUAGUCAAGUCUGAAGUGACUAGAUUCAUUAAACGUUUCUCUCGUCGAAUCUCACCUUCCCUGUCCACUCUAGAAGCACAACUUCAAAACACCGUUCUAACAUCUCUCAUACUCUCUCAGCUUUGGCAUGUUUUGCGUGUGGUCUCUCUACCUAUGUCCUUCUUUCAGAAGAUCAGGUCCAUCAUGGGUAGCUUCCUUCAACGUGGCACCUUCCCCCCGAUUUCUUUGGAUACUUUCUGCCUCCCACGCAUGCAAGGUGGACUUGGUAUCAUCGAUCCUAAGAUGCAGCAGAGCGCUCUACAACUUCGUUGGCUUCAACCUAUCGUCCGCGCUCCUUGGUCCCCACCUGGUUUGGUCCCGCGCUGGAUGUCUGGAUUGUUACAGGCUUCACUUCCAUCUCUUUCUCCCCUAUUUCCCCUUCUAUUUCCAAGUAUGCGUCCUUCUGGAUGGCGGGAUCUUACCUGUCCUCUACAUUUAGCCUUUGCUGCCAUUGACCAUCUGCCGCACAACUUUGAUAAUGUUGUGGUAAAUUUGACUACUUGCCUUGCUUUGCCUCUCUCAGCGGUCACCAUUGUCCCUGCUUCCCAAGCACGCUUCCCCCCAUCUUGGCAAGAUCUUUUGGUUUCCCACCUCUACACCUUUGACCCUGCCCUGACGUCGCUACGGUCUAUCUCCAUCACCAGCAGCCACCCACGCUCUUGUGUUAUUAAUAAGUUCCUUGGCCGAGUUCAACUCAACACUCUCACAUUACAUUCAAUAAUCGUUCGUGCUUGUUGCUCUCCUCGUGAACUGACCGAACAAUAUCCAUCUCUGCUCGUUCAAGAUGGCACAUCAAUUGACUUGUUCCCUUUCUUUAAUGCGCUCAUACCUUCUCAGACUUGGGCACGCCUUUCCACACGCACUUUCCGUGGGCUGUGCUCCCACCAUCUCGUCCGUGCCCGCUAUUUCGAUCCCCCUCGUGGCUCUCGUCAUUGGCGGAAAUUUUGGUCUUUUCCCCUUCCCCUGGUGGCUCGUAACAUUUGGUUUCGUGGUCUACAUGACAAGAUUUCUUGCCGAGCCCGUCUUCACUCUUUGCUUCCUCUCGCCUUUCCCUCUCCUACCUGCUCUAUUUGCUCUCUCUCCUCCGACUCCCAAGAUCACUUCUUCUUCACUUGUCCUCUCAAAAACGCGGUGUGGAUCGGCAUGUGGCUGGAAUUCUUUGGCACAAUACCUACCCCAACCGCACUACACAACGCUUUUCACUUCUUCUCUUUUCCCUCUUCCUUAAACUCUUCUAUUCCCCCUUCUACCAUCUUUGGAUGCACCCUCCUUGCGAUAUGGCGUCACCACUGGACUUUCAUUUUUGACGAUUCACCAUUUGUUCCGUCUGCUGUUGUUGGUACGGCUCGCAAGACCCUAACCCGCAUUUGCCAAGAAUUAGACCUCGAUCCUCUCUUUUAA